UGAAGCGCCUGCUGGCCCGCGGCGCCCGCAUCAAUACGGCCAACGGACGGGCUGACAGCGCGUGCACCAGGCCUGUAUAGAUGAGAACCUGGACAUGGUGAAGUUCCUGGUAGAAAAUGGAGCCAGUGUAAACCAGCAGGAUAAUGAGGGCUGGACCCCCCUUCAUGCUGUGGCAUCCUGUGGCUAUCUGAACAUAGCAGAAUACUUGCUCAGCCAUGGAGCCAACGUGGCUGCUGUGAACAGUGAAGGUGAAGUCCCAUCUGACCUUGCAGAGGAAGCAGCCAUGAAGGACCUGCUUCUGGAACAAGUAAAGAAACAAGGGGUGGACCUGGACUUGGCAAGGAAAGAGGAAGAGCAACAGAUGCUGCAGGAUGCACGGCAGUGGCUGAACAGUGGGAAGCUUGAGGAUAUAAAGCAACCUCGGUCAGGUGCUACUGCUUUGCAUGUAGCUGCAGCCAAGGGCUACUCUGAAGUCAUGAGGCUAUUGAUCCAAGCUGGGUUUAAUUUGAAUGUCCAGGACAACGAUGGCUGGACUCCACUCCAUGCUGCAGCACACUGGGGAGUGAAAGAAGCUUGCACUAACUUGGCUGAAGCGCUCUGUGACAUGGACAUCAGGAACAAGCUGGGCCAGACACCAUUUGAUGUGGCUGAUGAGGGACUGGUUGAGCACUUGGAGAUGCUGCAGAAAAAACAGAAUGUGCUGCGCAGUGAGAAGGAGACGAGAAACAAGCUAAUUGAAGCUGACAUGAAUGGGAAACUGCAAAGUGGACUCUUCAAAAACAAAGAGAAGAUUCUUUAUGAAGACGACGCUCUGAAGUCCCGGGAACCAGAAGAAGAGAACAAGGAAUCGAGCAGUUCCAGCUCUGAGGAAGAGGAGGAAGCUGAAGAAGAUGAGGCUUCAGAAUCAGAUGCUGAAAAGGAGGCAGAGAGAAAGAAAGAGUCCUUUGCCAACCAUUCUAGUCAUGAACCCAGGACUAGCAUCACUGAGCAAAUACCACCACCAGAGCAAAACUCCUUCACUGCAGCUCCUGCCAGAAAAUUCACCAGUUUGCUCAAUAAAUCAGAGGAGCAAAAGGAUGAAUCUCCCUCAUCUUGGAGGCUUGGUCUGCGGAAAACUGGCAGCCACAAUAUGCUAAGCGAAGCUGCUUCCCGGGAGGCACUAAGAGAUAGAGGUUCCUCCAUCUACCGUUCUUCAUCGAGUCCCCGGAUUUCUGCAUUCUUAGACAACAAAGAAAAGGAUAAGGAUAGCAAAAACUACUUUGCCCCCAUAGCCCCUAGAAGACUAAGCAGUACGGGUGACAUAGAAGAAAAGGAAAACAGAGAAUCUGCUGUUAACCUGGUGAGGAGUGGCUCCUACACCCGGCAGCCAUGGAGGGAUGAGCCAAAGGGAAACGAAGCCCCCCAGACUGGUGCACCUUCCACCUACGUAUCUACCUACCUGAAAAGUGCUUCAUUUGGUAGAAGUAGUGACCUCAACAGUCCCUACAUUUCAGCCAAUCGUAAUACAUCUGCUACCUCACCCACUACCAUUGGUUCAUCUACCUCAUUGGGCACCCAGUGGCAACCUGCCUCUUCCUGUCCUACAUCUGUUAGUGCGAACACUACUGCAUCAGUCCGCCAGUAUACCAGAGCCCCAUACCGGCAACAAACUGACUCUACUGUAGAGAAAAAUACAGAGAACAUCUCUGCUAGCACUCCACUAGGUGUAAUCACAAAUCGCACUGUACUCAGCACUGCCAAUGGUGUUACGUCUGCCACCGCCACGUCAACUACUGGAACAGACUCUUCAAAUGGAGAAGCCAGGGAGCGAAGAAGGUCAUAUCUGACUCCUGUGCGAGAUGAGGAAGCAGAGUCACUAAGGAAGGCCCGAUCCAGACAGGCCCGCCAGACUCGUAGGUCUACACAGGGUGUAACACUCACAGACCUUCAGGAGGCAGAACGAACUUUCAGCCGGUCUCGAGUGGAGCGGCAAGCUCAGGAACAACAAAGUGAGAAACCUGAGAGCACUGAGGACAGCAGUGAGAGACGGGAGGAGACCCGGCCCUGGUGGAAUAGAAACCAGGAUGAGGAGUCUGUCUAUCGGCGAUUAAGGUGUCCAGCACAAACAGACAAACCCACUACACCAGUAUCUCCCUCUACGUCAGCCCCUUCUCUUUACACAAGUUCUCACCUGGCCCAGACAAGCAGAUCUCUGGGCCCUGACUCUGUGAAUCCAGCAGACUUCCAAAGCACAGCCACCGAGAUGGAGAAAAAUGAGUGUGAAGAUCAGGAUUUAGAUGACAGAUCUCCAAACAAGCAGUCAAUCCGAGAGAGGCGGCGGCCAAAGGAGAGGCGAAGAGGCACUGGAAUCUCUUUCUGGACAAAAGAUGAUGACGAGGUUGAUGGGAAUGAGGAAGUGAAAGAGUCUCGGCAUGAAAGACUUUCCAGGUUGGAAUCAGCAGGUACAAGCCCUACCACCAGCGACUCAUACAGCGAUCGCGCCUCCAGUCGCUCCAGCGCUUACACCAGAAGAGAGAACCGCCUGGCUUCCCUCAGCAGUAGAACAGAGGAGGAGACUAACAGGGACUAUAAAAAACUCUAUGAGGACGCGCUUUCCGAAAACCAAAAGCUGAAAUCAAAACUGCAGGAAGCCCAGCUGGAGCUGGCUGAUAUCAAAUCGAAACUGGAAAAAGCAGCCCAGCAGAAACAGGAAAAAACCUCUGACCGAUCGAGUAUGCUGGAAAUGGAGAAAAGGGGGAAACGAGCCCUCGAGCGGAGACUUUCUGAAAUGGAGGAGGAGAUGAAGGUUUUGACAGAGCUGAAGUCAGACAAUCAGAGGCUGAAAGAUGAAAAUGGAGCACUCAUCCGUGUCAUCAGCAAACUCUCCAAGUAGGACGUCGGAGGGAAGGAUGGAAGGAGGGGGCUUCUGUGCACAAGCUGCCAACCCUGCCACCCAGCCCCCAACCGCCUCUUGCCCUCCAAUCAAAAGUACAGCAAGCCUUUCAGCCGUGGGAACAAUGCGUCUCGCACUCCCCUGUCCCGUCCCCUCAUUGUACAUUCCCUUAGCACCCCUCUGAAUGCACCCCUCAGCCAUUUUAUUGUUUUAAUUUAAGCAUGUCGUGGUAUCUUGGACAUUUUAUUCAAGGGGAAAAGAAACAUGAGAACUGGGUUUGAGCUGCCAAAACUUCCUGCCACAAACCCAGCCUUGUCCACAUUGGACUCCAGUCUGGAGCAGAGAAGCUUCUACUGUAAUAAGCGAUACAGAAAUGACUCUGUAGAAGUGAUCCGACGGGUCCAGAACCUUUGUAGCUGGGGCCGGGGGGACAUGAGCGGGAGCUGUACACUGAGGAUGUAUGUCAGCUGCCCAUUUGGCGUUGGGGGUCCGGUUACAAUGUGAUGCUGUGAAAGCCACGAGGACUCGUUUCUGUGACAGACUGUGAUGACAGCUGCUUUGCACGGAGGCUCUGUUCUCCUAUCGUCCCAGUAGCUGACUCUCUAUUUAACGUACGAUUUUAAAUCUGUUCGCUAUCUUCAUUUCUGAAUCCCAGUUUCAGACCCUCCCUCCCCCCCUUUUGCCCAUGCUUUGUUUCUGCAGCCCAGGUGAUCGUGGGUCACUCUGUACUCCUUCCACAGUUGCUAUCUCAGUUACUAUCCAGGUAAUAGCAUCUGCUAAUUGCAUCUGGGCUCUUUCCUCUUGUGAUAAGAUUCAUCACUGAUAUUGGCCAGGGUCUCUGAUGAAGGAGAAACUGAAGCAGCAGAGGUCAGCUGCUGCCCUCAUACGCACAUGUAACAAAUCUGGGUGUGAAUAUCCAUGCAGGGAGGUACGCAUGCACAAGUAACCAACCCCCAUCUUCCAGUAGCAACAGGAUGAGCAUUUGUCUGUUAGUAUUACUUACAGGAUAGCACCCUGCAAAGUACUCGGAGCAGAUGUCUGGUGUGCUUGUUUUAAUUUCAAACAAGAGCAAAAACAAAUGAAAAUACAGGUGUAUUUUGAGUUGGCUUUAUAGGGGGUGAGGGUGGAGAGGCCGUAUUUGGCUACAAAAAGGAUAGUCCAGCCUUUGAUGGCAAAUCCUGACACAGCUAAUACAGCAAGGUUGAGAAACCUUAAGCAGUGAUCAGUUGCCAGCUCCACGUCAUUAGAGGGUGUAAUUGUUUUCAUUUAAUAGUGGCCAGAAUGAGCCAGUGUAGGGUGUGUACUGGUAACCAGAUCUGUGGGGGUAAACUGUUUUUUGAUUGCUGGAAGCUAGCAACAGGAUUUGACCUGGAUGAAAACCUCAAAGGGUUCUUUCAUGUCCUAUGUACUUAGAACAAUUUGGAAGUUUUCACUUCCAAGGGCAUUAAGAUGGUGACUCCUCCAGAUGUUACACACGUCUCUUUCUAGCUUCCAGUGGAAGCCGGGCAUUAACUUGUUAACACAUCUGCUGAGCCUACUGUUAGAGGACUAUUUGUGGUGGAUUCGGGAAGGGACCCUCCUUGUUCAGAGAUUCCAGCACUGGCGCAGAUGAUGUGAGUCUAGCCACUAUGUUGACAGGGACAGAUGAGUAACUUGAACAUGGAUAUUAUUCUCAUAAUUGCUCAGCAGGGUAAAGUCUAACUCCGUCUUUAGCAUCUCGGUUAUUGCGUCAGUAGGUGUUGGCCUGAGGCAGAGUUUCUUAUCUCCCUUCUAUUUUUUGUAUGCAAAACUUGGUUUUGUAUGUACUCUCCAGCUCCUGUGGUGCAUCCACCAUCCUCUCAGCUGAGCAGGAUGACAAGACCCACUUCAGAGCCUCAGUGGCAUCACUUGUGUGUGACGGGAGACACCAUUUUUCCUCCGAAUGCAUUGAGUUGUUGCAACUGCAACACAUCUAGUCAGGAGGGGAAGAGAUCAAAACCAAUCAUGGCACCUGGGCCUUCUGCAUAGCACUGUCUCUGAGCCAGGGAUCCAUUUUACUCCUUCUAGAACUUCAUAGCAUCAGGAAUUAAAAUGGUCAAAUGCUUAUCUGGUUUAAUUCCUCAUACCCAAGCGCUGCUCUCCUCUUGUAAGCACUUGUUCUCUGGGGUUUUCCCCAUCCCCCUGGAAUUUUCAUUUUAUGGCCCACUGCUUGCUUCAGAUUUGGACUGUUAAGUCUAGAUGUGACAGGAGCUUGUUCCCUUCCUAUGUAUAUGGAGGUAGAGGUUCUACACCUGUCAGUGGCCUACGGAGAGCAAUGUCUUUCAGCUGGCUGGUAUGCUAUUGCGAGUCUCUCACCAACUUGUUUUCCAUUGGACAAGAACCACUGCUUUUUUCAACCCAGUCUGCAGUAUUCCAUUCUGCACUAUGAGUUUGCCACUACCUACCCGGACCAUUAAAAAGACAAAAUUCAGGGAAUUCUUCUUCUUUACUGCACUUGAUCCUAACGAAGAAUCUGCAGUAGGUAAUAUGGGAUGCAAGAGACAUGAAUCUCAUGUAGUAUCAUGUGACGCCAAGACACUUUAAAUUAGGUGUCUGUUUUAGCACUAGGUUUAUCAUCCUAAUCUCUGUCUAGGUUAGAACUCAGAACAACAAUUUAAUGUCAUUGACUAGCCAGAGCCACAAGCAUUUCAUAGUAAUACAAUGCUGUUGUACUCCAGCUUGGUCAGACUGUUUCUUGGGCUCAGUUGACUUUUGCUGACUUAACUAUCCCACUGAGGAGAUACGGUGCAAGACACACGGCUUUCUAUGCUCAAGGCAGAGUGCAUAGAAAGCAGUUUUUUAAAAAUGUUCCCUAUUUUAAUCCAUAGCAUUUGCCAGUGGUCUCCCCUAGAAUGCACUAGAGCUUUUUCCAAGCAAUUGCUUGGGGGUGAACCCAUUUUUAUCCAAGAAACUUAGCAUAACUUGCAGCUGCAGUAGCUGAGGGACAGUUUUAAUGUGCUUCUUAAUUUAUCUAGCAGGCUUUCCUGGUAAAUUAUUUCCCUAUAACAAGCAAAGUUUACACUUGUCUUUUUAACUGGCAGUGAAAUCUAGAGAAGUGUUUCUUCUGGAUAAAAAAUGCUCCAUUUUUUUCACAUGCAAGGAUUAGAUUUUAGCCAGGUUGUGUGCAAGGAUGACCUAGCAUUGCAGUGACUCCUAGAAUUUUCUCUGUCAAAUAGAAACUUGGUGAGGAGGAAAACGUGGAAGUUUAGAUCUAUGUAUUCUAAACACACUUGGGAAAUGUGGACAGUGCAGGGUGUGCGUGAGAAUUCUGUUUAAAUUGAGAGAGAAGUCCUCUGCCUCUUACAGCUACUUUCCCACCCAUAAAAGACUUGCAUCAAAGCUGAACUUCAGAAAUACCCUUGCAUCUUUUGAAGUGCUUUUAUAUCUCUCAUAAAUCCUUAUGCUGCAAGCUAUGUGCUACUCUGCCUUUGACUAACUGGGCCAUGUAGGUAACAAAGGACCACAGACAUAACCUGAAAUGAGGAAGAAAUGUUCUUUAGCGUGGAUUCAGGUUUCAGUUUCAUUGCUCACAAAUUGCAAAGCUAGAGUUUAUUGAAGUGGGAGUGGGUCUGUUUGUCAAAGGAGAGUUCUGGGUGAAAUCGAAAGCUUGCUAAGAGGUGUACCGGGGUGCUGGAGUUUGCAAAAAAGCACUCUCCACUUGCAUAGGGAAUGUAGCUAGUCUUGAAAGCUGCCAGUGUGGGACAGAUCUGGAGUGAUGGGCUGUAUUGGCUGGAGAUUAAGGUGGGCGUUCAUAUUUUUGAGUAAACAUGAAUGAAUUGGAGGUCAUUGCAUGGGAGUGACCUCUGAGCUAUUAAAGGACAAUGCAUUUUUUAAAAAGAGAACAGAGGCAAAGUGGAGUCUGUUUAGGAUAGGUGUAUUGUCAGUGUGGCUUCAGUUCUGUUACACCAUGUGACUGGGGAUUUCAUCUAAUGGAUAUUGAUGUGGGACAGUGGUGACAGCAGCUCGCUGUACCAAUAUUGAUCUGCUGUGUGUUGAAGUAGUGAAUUGAUUAGUCUAGAGAGCAGGCCAAAUGUGCCUCAGCCAAUCAGAGAGCAACUUAUCUGCAGUGGUGCAGGUUUUUAUAAGUGUACUGCACUCUUACGAAUAAGCUGGUUUCAGACUGGUUAAGGGUUUUUGUGUCUUUUUGGUUUUGAUCAGUGAAUAAAGUCAGCCAUACAGAAAUCGGAUUGGCUGGCACAGUCUCCAGAUAAUUUUACAGCACUUCCAUUUCAUCAUAAAAUGCGGCAGAUUAUACCCAGUUGGUUUGGGCUUUCACCAGCCAUUACAGGUCUCUCUCCCUUACAGCUAUCAGUCAUAAGACACUGGAGUAUGACCAAUAAUCAAUCAGUGGACAAAGUGCAUGUGACACAGGUAUUGUACUGUUCUCUUUGAAUUGUGACGUGUCCAUUGGUGAAAGGUCAGUUCAGUCCCAACUCUGUUUGGAAGGACUUGAUUUAAGGGCGUGAACUCUAGUGCUAGAGUCUAGUUGGUGGGAAGCAAGUUAGAUUGUUUUCAAAGCCAUUCUGUACAAAGCUUGUCAGUCCAUAACACACUUCAGCCCUCUGCAGGGGAAAGAACGUUCCAACCCUGAUUCUACCCAUCAUGCUUGGGGCUGAGCAAGCUGGUAAGAACUUCACCAUGUUUGCCCAGGAUAGGUUGAAGAACUCUUUCCAUUGCUAAUAGAGGACUUUCUCCCUGCUGACUGCAAUACCUAGGGCGAGUCUCCAGCAACCGAUAAGCCCUCAGAGAUGAAGGCUAGGUUUUCCUGGAUUUGUCUCAUUCAUCCAUCAGCUAGGUUGAGCCUCUAACUUCCAAGGGUAAUGGAGUCUCAGGCCAUGCUUUGAAAUGCUGGUCAUGUUGUACAUAUGCUUUAAAGUUUCCACUUCUCUCUCCUUUCCUGUCCUCCUCCACCAAAUGCCGUAGCUGCUAUUACUUUUUCUAGACUAUUGCACUGCUGAUACGUUCAUAGUGCUUAAAUGUUAUCUCCUUCUUUCUGGCUCUGAGUGAGGGAACCACUGGAAAAAUUCCAAAUGACCUCACUGGGAUAAAUAAAGUGCAGAUUUGCACUGAGCCAGCAAGGGAGCUAUCCUUACCACAAUUGGGUGUUGAAAACGAAUCUAGGUCUGGGAUCUUUGUGAUGCUGAACAGAAUUCGGAGGUGGUCCACAAAAUACGGCUGUGUGGAAAAGGUACGUGUUCUCAACCAUCCAGGGCUUCCCUAAUUCAGAGCCACCAGCAUCAGUGUAUAGGGUUGCUUUGUUUUGUGUCCUUGGCAAUAACAUACUGAAGAAAUGCUCCCUUUUGCUAGCUGGUGAUCAGGUCUUUUGAUGCACCGGAGAGUUCUCUUGCAUAGACUUGUCCAAAGGCCAUUUCGGAGGCAGGAAGAGUUGUCUUGCCCCCGGUCUGAGGUUCCCCUGCAAUUGUUCCGGGGUAAAAGGAUCUGGUAGUGACUGGUUACUCCCUGUGAAUGCAGGCUGUGGAAGGCCUAUGUCGGACUGCUGUUGCUAUUAACAGGCUGAUCGGCCAUACUAGACUGAAGGAAGGUGAAGAGAAAGAAGACUGUCCGAGCUUUGCAGCUGUCGUUGGUGAGAGGAAUCUCUGAAGCUGGAGUUCUUGUCUGACACUUCCAGAUCGACUCUGGCUGGAUUCACAAUCCUUUGUUUUGCAGUAGGUUUCCUUUUUCCAAACUUCCAUCUUGGUUAUUCCCUUUCCCAUUGGACUGUUACCAUCCAGAAGCACAGAGCAGCUCCUGAAACUGUUUGGAACCAGUAUUUCCUCCUCGACUCUGUCUGCUUUCGCUGCCCUCUGAAAAGAUGGAUUGAUGUGGGAGCUGAAGUGGGUUCUAACAUAGAAAGUAAAAUGGCUUUUAAAAAAAGGUGGGGGGAGGAUUGAAAUAGGGUUGGAAAAAAUCCACAAUGGCAAUUUCCUGAAUGACUGUUUAGUUCACUGCAGUGUUUGUAGUUAGACCCAGCUUUAAGGUACUGUCUCCAGACCCUAGGAGCAUCCCAUGACCAGUUCACAGAAGGCUGCACCUGAAAUGCAGACCAGCUUUAGGGUUGAUUCUUCUUCCUCCAUAAGUCUCUUUCCCCUAAAGGCCAAUCCCCUAAUUCUGCCUGAGGUGAGAAUUGGUUACUUGAUUGAUGUGGUUCUUUAAAUAGUUCCCUGGGCAAUGCUUUGGCUGCAACAGGGCAAAACAUUUGAUGAGCUUUGUUUUCUUGAGCAUAUCCUGUUGAGGAAGCCAGGUGUUUGCCAGGGAGUGUGCUCACCCCUCGAAUGCUAACCCUUGGAAGAGAUGAAUUGACUGGGGUGUUGGUGCGUCACCUUUCCAAGCAGUACAUGUGCUGUACUUACCUUUUGUAAGGAGAGUUUUACAGCUCGUUGUAAAUACACUACUUGGAGAAAGCUUAUGAAAUGGUGGGGAAGAAUGUAUUUUUAUGCAACUUUGAGUGGCCUUUCAAACCCUGAGACGAAUGAUUUGUUUUACUGGUGGUUGUUAUAUAGUAUUAUGUGUUUGAAAGUUUGGGAAUAAUAUUCACAGCUAUAUGAUGCUUGUAAACACAACAGUAUUUAUAAAUGGAUAAAAUAAAACAGUGUUUUAACUUUU